GCAAUUCUGGACCCUGGUCACGGGAAUGCUGGGAACUGGGAAAACUUCUCCCAAAUGCCAUAUACCAGCUCAGGUGUGGGAAAAGUAUUUUACUAUACUAUAUGGGUCAAAUGAAGAGAUACCCAGAAGGGAGUGGGAAGAAAAUCCAGUGAUCUCCUUCGGUAGCACAGAUGCACCACAAUGGCCCCCGGUGACCAGUAGGGAGAUUAAAAGUUUGAUUUCAUCACUGAAAAAUGGUAAAGCCCAAGGCCCAGAUCAAAUAGCCCCCGAACAUCUAAAAAACAACAUCUCAUGGUGGACAGCCUUUCUGGCCCCCCUCUUCACACACAUUAACCGCACAGCCCUAAUUCCUGCCUCAUGGUCAAAAUCUAUUAUAAUCCCAAUUUAUAAAAAAGGGGACAAAAACGACCCAGCAAACUACCGUCCCAUCAGCCUGCUCUCGGUGGUGGGAAAACUUUAUUCUCGCCACUUAUAUAACAGGCUCCUAGACUGGUUGGACUCCGAAAAAAUAAUAGGCGAGGAACAGGCAGGCUUUAGAAAAGGGAGGUCUACCAUAGACCACUGUAUUGUGCUAAACCACCUAGCUGAAAAAUACCAAAAACGUCCCUACAAAGGACUAUAUACUGCUUUCAUCGAUCUAAAAGCCGCGUUUGACUCUGUCCCAAGAAAUUUGCUGUGGCAAAAACUGCAGGAGACCACAAUCGACAAAAGUGAACCGCGAAGUAGUGAGGGAACACUGUAGAUAGAUAGAUAGAUAGAUAGAUAGAUAGAUAGAUAGAUAGAUAGAUAGAUAGAUAGAUGAUAGACAGAUAGACAGAUGAUAGAUAUAAAACAAAAAAUAGUGUAGGCUUGGGAGGUUGCUAUUUCCAACAACCCUGCGGUCAUUGGCUGUGUUCUGCAGGGACUGAUGAUAGUUGGAAGCAGAAAUCCAGACACCUGUUCAUUCAUGGAAUAGAACUAGAGCAUGGAAUAUUGGAACAAUGGAUGUUCCAUGAAGGAUACCACAGAGAGAGAGAGAGAGAGAGAGAGGAAAAGAGCCAGGAAAGGCCUGACCGAAGGACUGUUGCAUCUCCCUUGGAGGGACUCUGGUUGGUGGUUGUUCAGCAGAUCGGAGGGUAUGUGGCAAACAGCAAAGAUACCACUAAUCUGCAAAUAUGGGAAAUAGAAUUUGGCCUAUGCCUGCAGAACAGGAAGUCGUUGAUUUGGAUCCCCAUGGCACUGGUGAUGAAGACGAAGAAGACCCCAUCCUCCUGCUGAAACACAGUGAGCAUCAUGUGCAAGCAAUUCUAGAAGAGAGAGAUCACAUUCCAGAAGAAGUGAGGCGGAAGCACUUAUGCCAUUGCCCCCCGCAAGGUCAUCUUGCCUCACUAGUAACAAAUGUGGCUGCAGUAGUAGUAUUCUGGUCGGUAGCCUGGUCUCUUACGAAUAAAGAUAGUCUUCCUCGUGGAAAUCUCUUCGGACUUAUAUUCAUAUAUGUUUUUUCUGUACUGGGUGGCAAACUUAUGACACUCAUUAACAUACCGCAUCUACCUCCUCUCCCCCGCCUUCUUGGUAUGAUGGUUUCUGGAUUUCUCAUAAGAAACAUCCCCUUCACCAAUGAGAUAGUUAAGAUUGAUGUGAAAUGGGGAGCUGCCCUGAGAAAUAUUGCCCUCUCCAUUAUCUUGGCUCUUGCUGGUCUUGGCCUUAACCCACAGGCUUUGAAUAAGUUAAAAGCAGUCUGUUUCAGACUAAGUUUGGGACCUUGCAUCAUUGAAUCCUGUGCAGGAGCAAUCUUCUCUCACUUCCUAAUGGGCCUGCCAUGGGAAUGGGGAUUUAUGUUAGGAUUUGUUAUAGGUGCGGUGUCUCCUGCCAUUGUUGUCCUUUCAAUGUUGGGGCUACAGGCCAGAGGAUAUGGUGUUGACAAAGGCAUCCCAACAUUGCUGAUAGCUGCAGGAAGCAUGGACGAUAUUGUAGCCAUCACAGGCUUCAACACUUUCUUGGGCAUGGCUUUUUCCACAGGCACUACCUUGGAUAGUCUUCUCCAUGGUUUAAUGGAAGUUGCAAUUGGUGCAGGAGCUGGUGUGGUUCUAGGGAUUUUUAUUUGCUACUUUCCAAGCAAGGAUCAGGCAAGACUUGUAUGGAAAAGAACAUUCUUUAUCAUGGGGCUGUCCAUGUUUAGUCUUUUGGGCAGCAAGUAUUUUGGUGUCCAUGGAUCUGGAGGACUCUGCACAAUUGUUUUGUCAUUUCUAGGUGGGAUGAGGUGGUCUGAAGAGAAGGGAGCUGUGGAAGAAAUGGUAGCAAUUGCUUGGACAAUUUUUCAGCCCUUUCUGUUUGGUUUAAUUGGAGCUGAGAUAUCUAUUUCUGCUCUCAAGCCCCAUACAGUCGGGCUUUGUUUGGCUACGCUGGGACUGGCUUUGAUAGUACGACUUAUUGCUACUUUUUUGUUGGUGACUUUUUCUGGCUUUAAUUUCAAAGAGAAAAUAUUUAUUGCACUGGCAUGGAUCCCCAAAGCAACUGUCCAGGCUGCAAUUGGUUCUGUUGCCUUAGACACAGCGCGGCUUGAAAAAGACAAAACUCUAGAAGAAUAUGGCCUGAACAUCUUGACAGUUGCUUUCCUGGGCAUCCUGAUCACUGCUCCAGCUGGGGCUCUUAUCAUUGGCCUGGCAGGCCCCAAGCUUCUCCACAAGACUCAAUCAGGCUCCCAAGAAGGCCUUAGAAAAGAAAGCCGGGUAGCUUCCCCAGUAUAGGGGAGCAUCAAUGAACACCCUGCGAUCAUCCAGUUGAUAUUUCCAGGGAUCAGUGUCCUAUAGUGGUGUAUAAAUCUUUACAGGUUGUGCUGUGCAUCCUGCUGCAACAGCAACCCAACAAAGUGUUAAAUCUUCAUCCAGGAUUCUCUCCCUCAAAGGCAUGGGAGCUUUGGAGAUUCCACAAGCAAACAGGCCAAUUUAGCCAUAUAAUGCCUCCAGGAAUAUAUCAUUGGCCUGAUUCAGAUAUACAAGUACCAGCUGCAGAGAAGAUGACAUUCAAGUUGGUUUCUUGAAGAAUGGAUGGUCUUGAAGGAGCUUUGUGUAGCACCAGGGCCAGAAGUAAAUAACUAAGAUGGGGUCAUGGAUUUGGGGAUGGAUGGGCUUUACUCAUUUCUGCUCAAUAAAUAAAAGGGAUUAGGUGGUGUCCAGUGAACGUACACACACAGUCCUUGCUACAAGUCUCCACUACAUUGGGAGCCUUUAUCUCAUUUGUAUCUUUAAAACACUGGAACCCAAACAGGCAAAUGUUGUAAUGUUGUAAUGAGGAAUGUGAUUAAAUGUGGAUUUUUCCCAUAAAAUUUUAUAAGCUUUGUCAGUUUUAUCUUUUUUUAGAUCUAAGAACUGAACAUGAGACUGACAUAGCUGCAAUAGAAUCAUAGAAUCAUAGUUGGAAGAGACCUCAUGGGCCAUCCAGUCUAACCUCCUGCCAAGAAGCAGGAAAUUGCAUUCAAAGCACCACCGACAGCCUCUGCUUAAAAGCCUCCAAAGAAGGAGCCUCCACCACAGUCCGGGGGAGAGAGUUCCACUGUCAAACAUCCUCACAGUGAGGAAGUUCUUCCUGAUGUUCAGGUGGAAUCUCCUUUCCUGUAGUUUAAAGCCAUUGUUCCGUGUCCUAGUCUGCAGGGCAGCAGAAAACAAGCUUGCUCCCUCCUCCCUAUGACUUCCCCUCACAUAUUUGUAUAUGGCUAUCAUGUCUCCCCUCGGCCUUCUCUUCUGCAGGCUAAACAUGCCCAUCUCUUUAAGCCGCUCCUCAUAGGGCUUGUUCUUCAGACCCUUGAUCAUUUUAGUCACCCUCCUCUGGACACUUUCCAGCUUGUCAACAUCUUAAAUUGCGGUGCCCAGAAUUGUACACAGUGUGAUUCCAGGUGUGGUCUGACCAAGGCGGAAUAGAAGGGUAGCAUGACUUCCCUGGAUCUAGACACUAUACUUCUAUUGAUGCAGGCCAAAAUCUCAUUGGCUUUUUUAGCAGGCAUAUCACAUUGUUGGCUCAUGUUUAACUAGUUGCCCAUGAGGUCUCCAAAAUCAUUUUCACAUGUACUGCUGUCAAGCCAGGCGUCCCCCAUUCUGUAUUUUUGCAUUCCAUUUUUUCUGCCUAAGUGAAGUAUCUUGCAUUUGUCCCUGUUGAACUUCAUUUUGUUAGUUUCGGCCCAUCUCUCUAGUCUGUCAAGAUCGUUUUGAAUUCUGUUCCUGUCUUCUGGAGUAUUAGCUAUCCCUCCCAGUUUGGUGUCAUCUGCAAACUUGAUGAUCGUGCCUUCUAAUCCUUCAUCUAA